UUAGGCUUCUUUUUAAGCCUUUAGAUACAUGUUGUUCUGAAAUCUCAUGGCAUGCUUAGAAAUGUACAACUCCGAUCACCACCACCACCAUCCAUGCGGCGCCCCAAUGAGCCCCAGAAUCUCCUUCUCAAACGAUUUCGUAGAUAUCCAACAACCCUUGAAACAGCAAGAGAGAACAGAUGAAGCUCCUCCUGCUUCCUCGGACUUCGAGUUCUCAGUCACCAACUACUCAAUGAUGAGCGCUGACGAGCUCUUCUUCAAGGGCAGGUUGUUGCCGUACAAGGACAACAAGCCUCUUACUCAUAGAUCCCCCACCACUCUCAGGGAGGAGCUUCUUCUUCAUCAUGAUGACGAUGCUUCUUCUUCUGCUUUCUCAGUCAGACCUCCCAAGUCUUCUUCUUCUUCAACAAGGUGGAAGGCCUUUCUGGGUCUCAGAAAAACCCACAUUGCUUCUAGUAAGAAAGCUGACAAGCCUGAAACUACAACUCCCUCAUUAUUGCUCAAUCAGGGAUCACCAUCAAUUAAUCUCGCUUCUCAGGAUGUGAUGAAUGAGGGAGACUCAAGCUGCACUGAUUUGGAGAUUGGGAUUUAAAACGGCUAGGAAGGAAGCUUCUUAAGUUUAAUUAAUUAAGGUGCUGCUUGAAUUUGUAGAGGAAUUAAUGGACCAAUUUUUGUUGUCCUUGUUGUUUUUGUUCCUUGCCUUAAUGUGGUAGGAUUUUGCCUUGUUGUAACGAUUUAUGUUCAUUUCGUAGGGAUUAUUAGGAUUUCGGGUGUUGCCUGUACAAAUUUAAUCUGCUUUUCUAAUCUUUUUCUUCAUGCAUCUCAACAUCUACGUGCUACUCUUAUUUGACUCAUUGUUAUUAAUUCCAAAACACAAAUAUGUCAUUCUUCUUUUCACUAUCAUUUCUUUUUUUUUACUGUAUCCUCCACUCUAGCAGCCUAACUACUAAUCUGCUAUUGUAGAUCUAAGCUCUAUUUAAAGAUUUGUGACUAGUUAAUAAGUUGCUGCAUGUAAAGAACAGAGUGUAUGUCUUCUUUAUUGGCCAAAAAGGUUCAAUAAAGUUGGCUUUGGCUUCUUGCCUCUUCUUUUAUUUUCAGAUCUCUUGUGAGGAACGGAGGGAGAUCUGACUCUGAGUAUACAUUUCCCUAACUAGCUAGCUGUAAUUAGUAUACAUUUUUUCUUGUGAUAUUUAAUUAAUCUAAUCUUCAUGUAAUGGAAUUCAUAUUGGGAUCAAAGUCACACUCCCAGGCUGUGGCAGAGAUCAUUAUUAUUAUUAUUUCUUUUCUUGUUUUGUUUUGUUCGAUUACAUUAUGCUAUUUGUUUGUUUUAUUUAUUAC